CAAAACCCUAAAAUCUAAAUCAUCAUUUAAUUUAAGAAUAUUUCCUUUGUUUUACCAACGAAUAUUCUUUAAAAUUUGAAAUUAUUAAGCUAAAACGUAGAAGACAGAAACAACAAAGAAGUGUGAAAAAAGCAAACCCAAUCCAAGCCAAAAAAGGGAGAUUGGAGAAUAUUUCAGAAAAAAAUUCUUCCAAAUUUCCCAUCUUUUUUCUCCUUAAUUUUGGGAUCAGUAUUUCAUCUGGGUAUUAUUAUUCAAUCCCAAAAAACCCCAAAACCCCAUAUAUAAUUGAUACAAAAAUUUGACCCUUUUUUUGGGUCAUGAUCUUCUGGGGUUAAGGGUGUGUUUGGGGAGAAAAAAAAAAGAAAAUGGAGAGAUCAGAAGAAAGAUUAGUGUGUAAUAAUGAUGAGAAAUCAAGUUCAAAGUUUCCAUUAACAAUGUGGGAAGUUUCUGCAGCUUUAAUGGUUGUAAUUGCUUAUGGAUUAGGGCUUUUGGGUGUUUAUCUUACCAUGCCACCUUCUGAUUAUAGCUUCCUCAAAUUGCCUCGUACCCUUGAAGACUUGCAAAUUCUUAGAGAUCAUCUCGAGAGCUACACAAGUGACUAUACACUACAAGUAUUGGUUGGUUACUCAGUGGUCUACAUAUUCAUGCAGACGUUCAUGAUUCCCGGAACUGUGUUUAUGUCCUUGUUAGCUGGAGCCCUUUUUGGUGUAUUUCGAGGUUUGGCGUUGGUGCUCUUUACUGCUACGACUGGCGCUUCAUCUUGCUAUUUCUUGUCAAAACUCAUCGGCCGUCCUAUUGUCUUUUCUUUGUGGCCUGACAAGUUAACUUUCUUCCAAGAACAGGUGGCGAAAAGACGUCAAAACCUGUUAAAUUACAUGCUUUUCCUAAGAGUAACACCUACGCUGCCAAAUACAUUCAUCAACAUGGCUUCACCAAUAGUGGAUGUCCCAUACCACAUCUUCGUCUUGGCAACAUUCAUCGGAUUGAUUCCUGCUGCUUAUAUCACUGUCAGAGCGGGAAUAGCUCUCGGAGAGCUACGGUCAGUAGGUGAUCUCUAUGAUUUCAACUCAAUAGCCACACUUUUCUUGAUUGGUAUUGUCUCGGUCACCCCUACCUUGAUGAACAAGAACAAGACAUAACCGAUUCAAUAUCACUGCACGGUUGCACCUCCUACUCGUUAUUACUGAUUCUUGUACAGAUCCUACAGCCCAAUAUGCUGCUCGCUGUCUCUCCUACCUCCACAUAGACGAUGAGUUCGUGGGUUAUGUAAGGACAGCCGCUUAGGGCAUGAUGUCUAACCUUGGAGAACUCUCGAGAUUUAUAUACUGGUUGAUUCUACCACACAGAAAUAUCUUUUUAAGAAUGCUUGUGCCGAUAACUUAGUAUGUAAUUGUGGAGAAUUCCGAAUAGUAAUGGCGGAUUUGCUGGUUGGUUGGUUGGUUUCACAUUAGUAUGUAACAUGAAGUAUGUGAUAAUUCAGAUUGAUUUCAUAUUCAGUAUUGAUCUGGCCUUCUAGACAGCUUCUAAAUUCACAUUCUUGAAUAUACAUCGGUCUUUCAGUGCUUCCAAAGAAUCAUGACUGAAAAUGUACGUGCUAUACAUUUUUGAGGAGAUAAUGGAUUUGGUUUUUUGGAGCAGAUGGAACAAGUUUUAUAUUCUUGAAAAGAUAAAACAGAAGGGCAAACAAAACCAUAACUGGAAAAAUCUCAUACUACAUAAGAGAAAAAUUGAAAAAAAAAAUAAAAUUAUAAAAAAAAAAAA